AUGACUGCAGUGCGGUUAAGGUCGACUAAGUACAACUACGACGAAUGCUGUUCCAUUGACCACUGUUUGGAUCAAUUAAAAAGAAUGGUUCCUACGACUUGUGAUUGCAAUGAAGUUAAGCAAUUGGAUUUACUUCAAAGUGUCAUUAAUUAUAUCCAAGAUUUGGAGGUACUUCUUGCUGAUGAAAAUGCCUCCACAUCCUUCACAGAUGGAAUCCAUUCAUCAAUACCCAACACCGCUCUCUACAGUCGCUUGGAGGCAUCAAGCUGGGGUGUUGUUAAUCAAAGUACCUAG